GUUGCGCAAACAGGUGCCCCGAGCAGAAAGAUGCUGCCUUUGUGGUCAGAGGGAAAAUAGGAAAUUUAAGAUCUCCCCGUCAACGACUGCACAAUUCAUUUGAUAAUUGUUGUUUUAAAGCAUUUUUUGAUUGACAAAUAUUAAGUUUUACAUUUUUAGGUUAAGUAUUACUGUUUAUCCCUUUUUAAAAGUGUUAUUUUAGUGGCAAAAUUAAGCAAUUUAAUGUAAAAAGAUACAAAUAUGGAUGUUUGUUUAGGCAAUCUCCAUUUUAUAUAAACCUCGGAAUCUUUUUUACUCCCACAUAAGCUUCAGAAGAAAUUGCCAAUAUUUUGUUGAAGUUAAUUGGCAUAGGAAGAGGUUAGGGAAAUGGCUUUGAAUAAAUACUUUUCGAACAAAUGUUUAUUUUUAUAGUUGUUUUAAGUUUUUUUUUUUAGGAUUUGUGUGUGUAUAUAUAUUUAAAAGAUUCUAAAUUCAUGUUUAAAAAUUGAAUUCAUGCCAAAAACCGUUGCGGUGUGAUUGGAGACGUGAUGUACGAGGGUUGCCUGAAGGCAGCACGUGCACCGUGCUGACGAGUCGCUGCCCGUAGAAACAGCUGGUAGUUUCUGUCAGCGAACUCGCCGGAUUUAACGCAACAUUAGCGCGAAUAAAAGUUCCCAGUUGACUGGAAAGUGACUCAAAACGCUGUGGUUUGAAUCCUUGUUCCCGUUCCUCUGACAGCCGGGGCAUGUCAUCCCGCGAGGGUCACUCUCCCGGGCGGCGUUUCAUCAAACGCCCGGUGUGAUAGCGGCGUUCGACUCUGCCGGCUGCUAGCUAGCCAGCUUUGGGCGCAAACGUCGGUUUUGACUUUUAGCAGUGGGGGAAAGAGGCCAGUUUUAGUGUCCGCGGGACAUUCAGGGAGCGAACUUUAGUCGGGGUUCACCAUGGCGCACAUUCACUAUAAAUUCUCCUCUAAACUCAGCUACGACACGGUGGUUUUUGACGGCCCGCACAUCACGCUGACGGACCUGAAGAGACGGAUUAUGGGUCGGGAGAAGCUCCGAGCCGCAGACUGUGACCUGCAGAUCACCAACGCGCAGACCAAAGAAGAGUACACCGAGGAUGAGGAGUUGAUUCCCAAAGGCUCUUCCGUCAUUGUCAGAAGAAUUCCCAUCAGUGGAGUUAAGUCCAGCUCCAGCAGCAAGACUCUGAACACUGAGCGAUCACAUGGCCAGGCUCAGCACAGCUUUGGGGCCAGCAGAGCCCAGAUGGAGGACCAGAGUUCUACCAAAGCUUUAUCGUUUUUUGCCAAGAUGCAGAUGGCUAAUCUGGUGGAUGCAGAUGUGCCAGAGGAGGAUAAGAUUAAGUUUAUGAUGAAUCAGUCCAGUUACAGCACCAUGAACUUGAACACGAAGCUCGGCACCGUCCUACCAGAGAACUACACUUGUUUCCGCUGUGGAAAUGCUGGACACCAUAUUCGGAACUGUCCAACCAGUGGGGACAAAAACUUUGAAGCUCCUCAGAGGCUGAAGAAGAGCACUGGAAUUCCUCGCUCUUUCAUGGUUGAGGUGGACGACCCCAACAUCAAAGGUGUCAUGGUGACCAACUGCGGGCGCUACGCAAUUCCUGCCAUAGAUGCUGAGGCGUACGCCAUCGGCAAGAAGGAGAGGCCUCCAUUUGUCCCACAGGAGCAGCCUAAGUCUGAAAGCGAGGACGAGCCGGUCCCUGAUGAACUCCUCUGCCUCAUCUGCCACGACCUGCUGGACGAUGCCGUGGUCAUACACUGCUGUGGAAACAGCUACUGUGAUGACUGCAUUCGAACCUCGUUACUCGAUUCAGAGGAUCAUGUUUGUCCCACUUGUGGCCAAUCCUCAGUUUCUCCAGACAGCCUGACAGCCAAUAAAUUUCUCAGACAGGCUGUUAACAAUUUUAAAAAAGAACGAGUGGGUGUGAACAGCUCCAGGAAAAAGCCGUCCAUCGCCCAGGCUCUGAAUUCAACUCCAAUACCUGGUCCUGCCCCGCCCCCUCUGAAACAGCUCCUACAGCCCCCGCCAAUGCAACAGGAUUCUCCCAUGAACCGUCUGAAGGCUUCAAAGCCGUCAUCAUCUCGCGCUCCUGACGUCGUCGUCCCUGUAGCAGCAGAUCCUCCCUGUGCUAACAGCUCCGCCAAGUCUUCUCCUCCGUUAGUGCAAAGCCUUGCAACCGCUGAACUGGAGACUGAAGGAAAGAAUGACUCGUCCGCUGUUUCCCCCGACAAAGAUCCUCCAGAUGGUCUGUCAGGGCUGGUUUCAGAGGUCAGCCAGACGCAAGAGACAGAAGUGAAAGAAAAGCCUUCCUCCACAGCAUCCACAGAUCCAGUCAUGACAUCAUCCUCAACCUGGGAUGGCAGCACAUUGUCCUCCUCUGGGUUUUCCUCUGGAGGCAUGACUGAAUCAAACUCCCAGCAGCUCAGAAACGCCUCCUCAUCUUCCUCGCCGUCCUUCUCCUUUCUCUCGCCGUUCUGCCCCAACUCCCUCGCCAGCGCACCAAUCCCAGUACACCAGCCUAACAGCGCUUACCCCCCUGGAUACCAACCAGCCACAAACACCUGGACACUUCCCCCCAGGGAUGCCCCUCCCUCUGCCCUGAUUCCCAAGGAGUGGUACGGUUACCAUAGAAAUGAAAGGGACAGACCUUCCCCUUCUCAUUCCAACCUCAAGACUUCCCAAUCCUACGCCCUCUCAUCCACUCACUCUAGAGUCAGUCACAGAGACUCCCACCCCAGAUCAUAUCCAUCCACCUACAGUUUCGGCUACAAACGGCCUCCUUCCUCCACAUCCUCAUCCUCUUCCCCCCGCGGCGGCUACCAUUCCAGAUCGAAUUCCUCCUCCGACCAGCAGAAGAGCCGCCACCACACCCGUCACCCUCUCAAGGGCUCGGCGUUAAGGAGCCGCAGCUCAAAGAGGCGUGGCGAGCGCUCAGGGAGGGAGGCGGGGGGCCCGCCACGCGCUGACGCAGACGUCGCAAACAGCCGCCUGGAGCUGGACAUACAGCUAUACCUGCAGUGGAGGAAAGAGUUCCAAGACUGGUACGACAAAUGCUACGCCCACUUCUACCAGCUGCCCUUCCCUCCUCCUCCUCUUCCUCCUCAUCCUCAGGAGUGUCACGAUUCAGGUCGGAACAGCGGCAGAACGAACGACCGCUCGCCUCUGUCCGAGCGCUCCAGCUUCAGCCGCUCCCCUUCCUCCCAGUCCUCGACGGACAGCCGCUCCACUACAUCCCGCUCAUCCAGUGACAGCUGCUCUGAUAAGGCCAGCGAAGGUCACUCCCCUCCCUCUCGGACGUCCAGCGGCGGUCGCCACACACCAUCGAAUGACAAAUCCCAACUCAGGGAACUUCCAGAGAGCGGCACUGAGAAGAACACAGAAAUACCUCAACAAAAACCAGGUGGGAAGCAACAGCUCAGCCCUCAAACUCACAACCAAAGGGAGGAAAAGGUGUUUCAGAGGCGAGGCCGGGGCGGGGCGUCCUCUCCAGAUCAGAGCAGAGGAGAGAAUCGAACUGAAACAGUCAACAAGAAUCCUUCAGACUCAGUCCAGCCUCACAUAAAACUGGAAAAACCUUUAGACAAAGAGAAAGAACAGGAAAGAAAAUCCAAAGAAGAGAAGAGUUUGCAAAGAAACCAAAUCAGGAAGAGGGAAAGCAGAGAAAAAGAUCAGGAGGAGAAAAAACAAAGAAUUAAAAGCAGCUCAAAGGCUGAAACGGGAAGAACAGAACAAAAGAAAAUAAUAAGAAAAAGAAAAAGGGAGGACUCUGAGAACCUUGAAAGGAGGAGAGGACCUCAAAGCAGCACAUCCCAGAAAACCGCCGAAAACCCCGAAAGCAACAGAAACAAGAAGUCUCAGACUCCUUCUGAUAGAAAGAAGAAAAAGGUGGAGAAGAAGGAGAGGACGUCUUUGACAGAGAAAGACAUCUGGGAAGGAGGGAUGAAGGUGAUGCCUCAGAAGAAGAUAAGCAUCAACAUCAACUUGGAAGGAAAACUGAAGGAGAGAAAUGACGAAGAAAAAUCCUCUGGUUUUGACAUGAAUGUUGAGGAACAGACUGUAGAGGCUGACGAAGAAGAAGAGAAUCAGGAUGAAGAGAAGACGGAAAACAGAACAGAUGAACCAAAAGACUCAGAUAAAGAACAAAUCCGAUCCAAUGAAAAGAAAGCUUCAGAUUAUAAGGAGGAAGAGUGCAAGUUGGAAAAAGAGCAUAUCCAAACCAAAAAGGAAGAUCUGGAUUUGUGGCACUGUGCCUUCUCCACUGCAGGAGAAGAUGAGACGGGAAAAGAAGCAGCGGAGCCAGUAGGGGCUCAAAAAGGUGACGAUGUAGUCCAAGAAGGAAAAGCUGAACCGAGGAGCAGAGAGUCCACCUCAAAGAGACUCCACCAGGGGCAGAAGAAAAGCCGGGAUGAUAGGAGUAAUUUCUCUGUGGAAGGCAGCUGUGGAGGAGAGGGCCGUCUGGAAAAGAAGAGGACAGGGAAAAUGGAGGAAAACGGGCAGGAGCGAGAUGAAGCCACGGCGAGUGAGAGCAAAGAGGUUCCUUGUGUUGAAAAGCAGAAGAAUGAAUGGACGGAUGAAGGACGGAUCAAAGCAGACUCCAGUUCUCCCGCUCCGGUUCCUCCUGAUCCUUCAGAACCAAAGAACAACAUGGAAACGGCGGAGCAGAGUAAACAACAGGAGCAGCAAAGAGGAAGGGACAGGGAUUUGGCUCCUUCUAGUGGCAGGAAGAGGAGCUUGAGCCCAAACCGAGAUGAAGAAAGAAGGGAGAGAAGCAGCAGGAGAAGGGAGAACGACGCCCAACAGGAAAGAAAGCGAUUAAAAUCAGGAACGAGAGAAGAAGAAAGAAGAAAAUCCACCUCUGUGCCAAAGAGAAAUCUGCCCUCUUUAUUGUCACAGGAAGCAGAAAGGAGGGACCAGCAGCAGCAUAGAGGUGGCCAUUCUAGUAGAAAAACUUCUUGCACUUACAAAGAAAAGGAAAGCAGCUCUAUUAGUGAAGUGAGCAGCCUCCCUUAUCACAGUGCAUCCAAAACACAGAGAGACAACAACCGCUUCCACCGCGCCAGCUAUCACCCAUCAGUCAACCAAAGAGAAGCUCGAAGCCAACCCUCUCCACCUCCCCUCUUUCACUUCCAUUCCUUCAGUAGCCUUCACCGGGGGGGUCCUGACUGGCCCCCGACCCAGUGCAAAAGUCGAAAUGAGAAAGGAGAGCGCAGGUCGGACGGUGGUCAGUCAGCGAGCAAAGAGCGAAGGUGUCGUAGAGAUGAGGAGGAGAGGCAGCGACCCGGCAGGAGCGGCGAUGCUCGCUCAUCAGAGAGUCAAGGGAAGAAGCACAAGAGGGAGACGUCGCACAACUGGAGGAGCGGCCAGACGCGGGAAAUGCAAAUGUGACGAGCAGGAAAAAAGAAGAAAAGACCAGAACGUUUACUUGAACAAUGUUUUUCCUUUCCCCGACCAUCAAGUGCCUGCAUCUGUUUAAUUACCUUUAGUUUCUUUAUUUCUUCUGCUCAAAUCUUGACGAAUACAAAAACGACAAAAGUGAACGCACUUUAUGAAACACACAACCCCCGUGAAUUUAAUUUAAAAGAUUUGCACGAGCGCCACUUCCUUUUUAGUACCUCGGGUUCCGCAAGGUUCCAGUUGGAAUGUGAGGAACGCUGACAGAAACAGUCAGUAAUUUGAUUUGCCUGACACGGGGUGUGAAUCCGCCACCAUCCAAGAAAGCUGUGAUUUAUUUCUGAGAGUGCUUAUGAUUUCAACCUCUGUACUUGAAUCUUUUUUCCUUCUUUGCUUUUGUAAGUGUUUGUUUUAAUUACAGCUGCUGACCAGAUUAAUAAUUUAUCAGAGGACCGUUUAUUUCCUGAAUUUGAGAAUAUAAAAAGAAAAAUAUGCAGAUCAGCUAUUGUUGUGUUUGUCUUUAUUGCGCCCUCUGCUGGUGAUGCAACUUAAAACUUAAUUUUUUGAAUUAAAACUGGAAGUCACUUCUUGGAAUAUUCAUCAGAAAUGUCUGGAAAAAACACAUUU